AAGCGCACAUUCCUAUUGUCCAAGAUGGCGGCGUAGGAGCAGACCCCUCAUAGGGCUGACAUGUUUUUAAACGAGUUUACGCUUUUAUUCGGACAUUAUAUGCGAGUAUUUAAACGUCCAGGCAGCGGUUAGCGUUUCUUUACCGGAGCGGUCGUCGCCUGCCACGUCGGAAUUCGCUGCGCAGGCGCGGGAAAGUUUGAGCUCCCAGCAUCCUUUGAAAAGAUGAAGAGGCAGGCCGGGAGAGAGACGAGUCCGUCCAGGGCCGCCACUAAACGGAUCCGGGAGCGGGAGAGCUCGCGGAGAGAGGAGCUACCGCUCCCGCCGCCUCCGUUGGCUCUGCUGCUGGCGGAGAGCCGGAGCUACCACCGACGGAGCCGGAGCCGGGAGCGAGAAAAACCGCGGCUACGAGAGGAGCGAGCGGCGGAGAUCCACCACCGACACGAGCUCAGCCUCCUCGGUCGCCCGCCGCUGCGAACCACGACGUCGGCGGCGUCAACAGCGUCAACGGCCGCAGUGGAGCAGCAGCUCCCAACCGCCAGACCCGGCACCCUGGAGUACAAGACGCUGCUCAUCAGCAACCUGGGCUCGCAGGUGUCGGACGAGCACGUGGAGGACGCGCUGUUUCACGAGUUCAAAAAGUUCGGCGACGUCAGCGUGAAACUGUCGCACACGCCGGAGCUCGGCCGGAUCGCAUACGUGAAUUUCCGGCACCCGGAGGAUGCCAAAGAGGCCCGGCACGCCAAAUCCUCCAGGUUGGUUCUGGGCGAUCGACAGCUUAAAAUCGAGCCCAUGUACGUGAGGAGGCGGAGCGUGACGCCGCCGCCGGACGCCGGGUAUUUGCCCCUCCACCCUCCGUACCCUUACCGGCAGCGCUCGGUGUCCCCACCGGGUCCCGGUGUGAGCAGAGACAUCAGAGACAUCCGAGACAUCAGAGCUCGACACUACGCCCUGGAGACCCUGGGGCUCAACAGAGAGAGGGAGAGGCUGUUGGAUUAUUACGGCAUGCUGGACGAGAGAGGCCGACCGUAUGGCUUCCCUCCGAUGCCGGUGGUGGAGGAUUUAAAACCAGAGGAUGACCAGAGAGCGACCAGCAACCUGUUCAUCGGCAACCUGGACGGCAACGUGUCGGAGGCGGAACUGAGGAGAGGGUUCGACAAGUACGGUGUCAUCGAGGAUGUCGUGAUCAAACGGCCGGCGCGUGGACAAGGCGGCGCGUACGCUUUCGUGAAGUUCCAGAACCUGGACAUGGCCCACCGGGCCAAAGUAGCCAUGCAGGGGCGGCUGAUGGGGGGCAACCCGAUAAAGAUUGGCUACGGAAAAGCCAACCCCACCACGCGGCUCUGGGUCGGCGGCCUCGGGUCCGGGAACUCCCUCGCCGCGCUCGCUCGGGAGUUCGACCGCUUUGGAAGUAUACGGAACAUUGACUACGUGAAGGGGGACAGUUUUGCUUACAUUCAGUACGAGAGUUUGGACGCCUCCCAGGCCGCCUGCACCCAGAUGAGGGGGUUCCCGUUGGGGGGACCCGAGCGGCGUCUGAGGGUGGACUUUGCUAAAGUCGAGGAGAGCCCCUCUCGGCCGUUUCCCACUGGUUACCAGCCACCCGUCGCAGCCCACUACGAACUCCUCGGAGAGGCUGCUGUCUACAGCCGCCAUCGCAGCCUGGAGCGAGAGCUGAGAGGAGCCAGGGACCGCUCGUCGCCGCCGCUGCCACCGCCCCCUCCCUCCCACAGCCUCCCACCCCAGAGGGAGAGAGAGAGGGUUGUGUUGGAGAGGGACUACCCAGCCAGCCCCACCCGCAGCCUGGAGAGGAGAACGGUAGGAGUGGAAGCGUUCGGGAGGAGCGCGAGAGGAGCAAGGAGCCGGAGCAGGAGCAGGGAGCGGUGGCUGAAGGAGAGGGAGGAGAGGCGCAGCAGCAGGAGGAGGAGCAGGAGCGCGUCCUCCACCGACCGGCUGAUGGAGGAGCGGGGGAAGGAGAGGGGGAGGUCGAGGGUCAGAGGUCAGGGAGGCGUCGCCGUGUCUCCCGACGCGAGCCCGGACCGAGCGAGGGUCCGCGCUCCCGACUCCACCACCGAGCCGAGAGACCACUCGCCCGAGAACGGAGGAGGAGGAGGAGGAGGAGGAGGAGGAGGAGGCGGCGGGCGACACUCUGCGGCCGCCAACGAAGAAGAUCCGCCGUCCGGCCGCCACCACGGCAGCAAAAGAUCCGGCGAGCAUCUCAACAACCAUCACCAUCGAAACAGCGAGGUCGUCGCUGUCGCCGCCGCCGCCGUCCACACGGACACCUCCUCCUCUCCCGGCACGCUGUCUGAGUUCGCCCAGGCAUCGCUCGCUAAAACGUGGCACGGCUUCUUCGCCCUCAAGAACAGCAGUUUCCCCGCCAACCUGUACAUGCUGGAGGGCGGCUCGUCGUUCUUCAACGCCGUGAUGAGGGACACCCGGAAGAAGCCGUCGCCGCAGAGCCAGAACCAGAACCUCCAGAACCAACCGGGCCAGCUGAAGAUCGCCCAGCGGCUCCGCAUGGACCAGACGCGACUGGACGAGGUGUCGCGCCGCGUCAAGCUCGGGCGUCCCGACGGGUACGCCGUCCUGCUGGCCCUCCAGGGCCCCAUCGACCGGCAGGCGGCUCCUGCGGCCCCCGAGCCGGGUCUGCAGGCGCGCUUGCUCCGACACCUGGUGACCUACCUGCGCAACAAGGAGGCGGCCGGCGUCGUGAGCCUGCCGGGCGCUAAAGAAGGAGGUCCCGGGGCCAUGCUGUACGCGUUCCCCCCCGGAGUGUUCUCGCAGCAGUACCUGCAGGCGGCCAAGAGGACUGUGGGUAAUCUGGACGAGGAGCACAUGGUCGUCGUGAUCGUCAAUGACACUAACUGACACUGAGGCGCUUUACGGAGGCACGAACACGACUACACAAUACUUCCAUGUUGUUGUUUUUAGAUGCAUUUUAUGCUUUUAUUCGGUAUCCUAUCAAUGACGCUACAUCUCUUAUUACUUUAUAUCACUGAACUUGUCACAUUUACAGGUGAUGAUUUUACGUGACGGGUCGUUUUAAACAACACUUAAAGGACGUUAAAGUUCAGUAUUCUGCACACACUGUUGCUUUUAUACUCUUAAGCUGUAACGUACAAACACUAAACCUUUGGUUGAAAUGCUCGUUUACUUUAUCUUUUCAUCAGGAGAUACCAAGUUGUUGUGUAUAUCACAUAUAUACUCUGAGGUUUUUAUACAAGGUGAUUGUACUACAAUGAUAUCUGACUCCACAGCCCGUAGAGACAGGAGGGACUUCCUGAACUCGUCCCUGUGACUGUAUAUUUUAACAUCGAUCUGUGUUUUUAUCAAUGAACCAUUCCAGUUGUUUCUGCUCUUUUAAAGGUGCGAGUGUGUUGUUGCAUGCAGGAGAAGAGAAGAAGAAGUUAUGUUUUGUCUCUGUUUGCUGGAGGUCACGUGAUCAGCUGUCAUACUGGUGCGAGGUCCGAUCAUCACGGUUCGGAUUUUAUAUUGUAUACAGACUUCUUAUUAGAUCUGAAUGCAUCGAUCCAUCCGUCUCUCAUCCAUCCUCCUGGUUUUCUUUACCUUGUUUUAAAGUGUGUUUAUAUGAUGGCUCGUCUCAGUCAGUGUUCUACUUCAGUAGAUGUUCUGCUGUGGAUUCAUUGAGAAUGUUUUCACCUCUUUACUCUCUGUCAGACGGACCUGAAGCUGUUCUCUAUGAUCUCCCCACACACACACACACACACACACACACACACCACAGACUCCAUCCACAUAAAGAGUGGUUUAACCUCAGAGCACCGGAGCAGCAGCUCUCCUGCUGCCUCCAUCUCUGACUGCGUUUGUCAUUGUGUGACUCUGGUGAUUUGAAGGUUUUGGGUUUAACGGGUUUGUUCAGAUUCACAUAAAGAUGUUUUUGUUUGAUGGUUUUGAAGAGAACAAAGACUGAUAUGCCGGUUUAUGUUCUCCGUCUGACAGCAAAGUAAAGAGGCGAAAACAUUCUAAAUAUAACGUUCAUUUAAACUGAUAUAGAUUGUUUUAGGAGUCUAGAAUACGUCCACAGCAGAACAUUACUGAGAAGAACUGUCAUACCAACACACUUUAAAACAUCAGUACUGUCCCUUUAAAUGCAUCCUCAUUUACACCUUUGAUUACUUCUAGAAAUAUUCAAACACCUGGGUGGUAAUUUAAUUUAAACUCAUUUCAGUCAUUCUUAAAGUAUCUUUAAAUGUCUCCAGCUGUAAUCAACAACAACAUUCCGGCCGAUGAUCAUGAAUGAAAUCGAUCUAAAGCGGUGAAAUGAUCUGUGACAUCAUGUGUGCUGCUGUUCACUGAGUGAGGAUGUGUGUGGGUGGUGUGCGACGCCUCACGUAGUCCGGGUGGUUUAUUAUGUUUAAAGCUCCAUGUUGUUGUUGUUGUUUACUACAUUUAUUGUUUUAUUGUUUUUUACAUACGCCGGGUUGUUUCUGUAAAACCUCUCGAGGAAACUGAGUCAGAUUUUAACACCGAGUCUGUUUUUAUCCAACCGGAGCAGAAGUGAUGAAGAGUGAUGAAGAGAAUAAAGAAGAACGAGACGGAAGUUAAACAUGUUUUUAUUUUAUUCUCUUUCAUUUCUAUUUGUUUUCUUACACGAGGAGCUAAAAUACACAACUAGACUCAACUGAUUUAUCUUUUAUUGAUUCAGAACUCGGUCUUUAAAACGUCAGAAGAAAAGUAGGUUUUUAAAGUAGAUUGUUCUUCUGAAGUGAAUAUUUUCUGGUUUCUCUCGUCUGACGAUAAACUAAAUAUUUGUUCAUGUUGAGCUUUAAAGAAACACUGAUUUACAUGUUUAUUCCACUUCUGACCUUUUAUAGAUCAAACGACUGAUCGAUCAUAAAAUAAUGAACAAUAACAAUAAUCUUUAGUUAUUAGCGUUAUUAAGCUUCCUGUCGACAAGUUCAACUUCAUUUGUACUUCUUUCAUUCACUUACGUCAGAGUUAAUCCGGUACAUUUAAAUACAGCUUUAGUAUAUUUGUACUCAUAGUAUUUCCAUUUUCUACUUCAUUACAUUCCAGAAGUACAUAUUGUACUUUGUUUACUCCUCUUUGUUUAUCUGACGGUUAAUUAUUUGUCAAACAAUCAUGCUCAUAAGAACAAAGUAGUUUUAUUCUGGAAAUGAGUCGUUAAGUUUUCUCGUAGAAAAAGUGAAACAUCUGCAAAAAAGUGAAGUCGUAAUAUUUCAGUGUUUUCAUUUUAAAUCAACUAGUUUCAUCAUUUCUGUCAUUUUUAAUCUUGUUUAAAGACACAAACGAAAGUUUUAUGACUCAGAGACAAAAGACUUCUGCUUUUUGCAGAUGAAAAACUUUAUUGAGAGUUAAAACUUUGACAAACUGCAACAGAAGAUGCUGCUCACACGUUUACUCAUCUUAUAAUCCUUUAAUAUUUAAUAACAUUGUGAAGCAUCGUGAGUACUUUUACUUUUCCUACUUAGAGUAGAAUUUGCUGUCAAUGCUUUCGUACGUUUUAGAUUCGAUGUGUUUUACUUGUAAAGGAGUAUUAUAUAAAUGUGGUAAUACUACUUUUUCCACCACUGGAAGUAACAUGUUCACACAUGAUCGAUGUUUUUACUUUAUUUCCUAAAAGUACAUUUAGUGUUCUUCAUCUCGACACACGCAGUGUCUAAUUUAUUAGUUUUUGGUUCUAAAGUCGCUCCAUCCAGCUACAUUAUUAUUAUUAUUGUUAUUAUUAUUAUAGCGGUUAUGAAUCUGUGGCUCGAAUGUGUUUUUGAUUAAAAUAGUUAUGAAGAAUAUCAGAAUAACAACUGGUUGAAACUGAACGAUAAUCAGCCUGAAGAGCUUCAACGUGUCCUGGAACCCAAAUGGAAACUCAAUAAAUGAGGUCACGUGACCUAACGUGUUGCUGAAUGUUCAUCACGGCCUGUAAAUAAAGUUUUGUACAAAACGCAGUUAAAGAAAGUUAAAGACAAGACUUUAUAUCCUGAAUAAACUGGUUUAUGAGCGAUGACGUCACUCAGGCCUGCAGCUCAAACACACAGAUUCCCUCUUUGUUUGUUCUCUGUGUCAACAUAUUAAAUGUGUAUUCUGUAGUAAAAUAAAAUGUAAUAAACAUUUAACAAAUGUACAUUAAGUAUACUCACUUGUAUGAAUUUUCAGCUUGAUAGAAAUCAAGAA